UGUGUAGAAGAUGAACCAAGGUCUUAGGGGUUUGGAGAGACGUGAGGGUGAGUAAUUAAUGACGGAAUUUUCAUUUUUGGGUGAAGUAACCCUUUAAAACAUUGUAUUAAAAUGGCUAAUACUUACAGAAAACUCAUUCUCAGGCUGCAAAAAUAAGUGGCCCACACUGUAGAGCUGUAAGAAAUCAAAAUACAUUUUAUUCAACUAUGCGUUACUUGCCGUGGAUGUAUAAGUUAACACAUCACUGUAUUUCAUUCAUUCCAACAGUACAGACCCCCGUCUGUCAAAGUCACUUUCACUCUAGACUUCCAAGGUCCGGGCCUGUUUGGGCCUGACACAGGCAUAGGUAGAUGGAUAAUUGGUUUGAAGGGGAGAAAAAUGUUGUGUUUUCAGCUUCAUUUGUGAAUGUUUGCCUGCUAGUGGUGUAAACCGUCAUAAUAUGGUCCUUCUCCCUCUCUACUGCAUGGAUGCCCUCCUGCCUGCUGUGUGUGUGCAUCAGCGGCAGUGUGCACUGUGAUGACUCAGAUCUGACACAGAUCCCCCCUCUCCCCAAAGAAACCAAACACUUCUACGCUCGGUUCAACAAGAUCACAGAGGUCAGGGCCACAGAUUUCAUCAAUAUCAAUCUGCUGAAACAGAUCGACCUCAGUGGAAACCAGACAGGUAAAGUGAACGAGGAUGCUUUUCGUUCACUGCUUCAGCUUCAGGAUCUCAUGUUGGCUGACAACAACAUCUAUGCCCUUCCAGAACUCCCAGCUACCCUCAAGCACAUUGACGUUGGCAAUAACCAGCUGAGGAGUUCAGGCAUGCAUGCAGAGGCCUUUAAGAACAACAAUAUACAGAGCAUGAGCCAAGAUACCAUCUGCAACACCCAGGACAAAAACAAAUUACCCUAUUUUCCACAGAUUGUGUGUAUAUGCAGCCAUUGCCAGUGACUCACUUGAUGAAUGAAGACGAGAGAAAACUCGAUCCCUUUCCCUGCUGCUGCAGGGGCAUUUACGGUGAGGGAGGGAAGGGGUGUUUGAAGCCCGAACACUAUCAGCGACUAAUUGGUACAUCAAAAAGAGGAGUGUCUGAGAUGAGAACGCAAAGAAAUAAAGCUAUUUUGUAAACAAUGGUUUUGAAAUCACAUCACAUUGCUGCAUCGAGGGCAAAGUUUGCACCUGCUUUAAUGCCACGGAUUCUACAUAGCUAUCUUUCUGUUUAUCUCCUGCGCUGCGCUGUGUCCAUGAAGGUGACCUUGCAUUCUGCCUGAGCUCAUCCAUUGAUCUCAUCACUGAAAGGACCUGCGGGCUUCCCUCCCACAUGAUUCAGGGAAGGGAGGGGCCAGAGAUAGGUACAUAAGCUGUGGGGGUGUAUUUCAGCCGUGGGUGCACGUGUGUGUGUAUAUGUGUGUUUGUGUAGGUAGUAGGUGAAGAGAGGGGCUAAGACAAGAGGAAUGUUUAAAAUAUGCAUCUAUCCUUCUUUCAGUCUCACAGAGCCAUUCGAAUAAUUGAGUCAAGCCCCUGCCUGAACAAGACACACUCACACAUACCAACAUACAAAUGCUCUCUCCACC